AUGCUGCGCCAUGCUACUCAUGUAGCUCUUCGCGCAGCGCGUUUGCGCUCCAGGUCAUUUAGUUCGUCAGCCGUUGGAACACCCCACGGUCUCCAUUUGCGUCUCGGGGAUGGCAUGUCAGUUAAGGAAGGCAAGUCAUGGGUCUCCAUGGUACCGCAAAAGGGGUUGCAGCAUCCCCGGUCUCGUUCUCGUGACCUCCGCUUUGCUGGAGAUGCGCGAGCCGCUCACAAGGUCUUACUUCGAGCCGGUGCGCAUAGAAGUAGGCACGAAGCUGACUUGAUCGAGUUGCUUCUCGUGCUCCUUAACACGGACGAAUUCAAGGGUCCGCGGGAACGUCUGGAAGCUAUGGUUAACGCACUCUGGAAGUCUCCGUCUUCAAAACCGAAGGCUGCGUUCAACAUUCUGCUCACAGCUUGUGCUCGAGAGGCAGGAAGAGUUUCUGAUAACUCCUCUGUGAAAAGAGACGUAAUCUUAAAGGUUGCAAAAAGCGUGUGGGCAGAAAUGCUGCAGACAGUGAAGAGGGUAGACCCGCGCAACACUGCUCUGAUGUAUCGCAUAUGCGGAGAGUGCAAAGAUAUAGAAUUGGCGAAAAGCAUAAGGGAGCAGAUCAACGACCCUGCAAUUUUUCCAGCAGGUGGCGAUGGGGCCUCGCUCUCUAGUGUGGAUGCCACAGCAGCAUUUAUAUUGUGUUUAGGGAAGUGCGGACGUUCGGGGGAGGCUGAACAGUUAUACUUCAGUGGCUAUAGUAGUGCCCACAGAUCUUCAGACAUGGUUUUGAGUGCAUUGUUUCGGUCCUACGUCGCAUCCAACAGGAUAUCGAAGGCUGAAUCUCUCAUAUCCAUGUAUGGAAGUGGCUUUUUAACUGUACUAAGCUGUAAUGCCUUUGUCAAGCAGUGCGCGGCAUUGCGGCUUCACGACUCGGCUCUGGAAUUUGUUGGGAGAAUGUCAAGGACGAACGAAACUGGAUUUCCCGGACCAAACGCGCAGACAUAUAAUCUCUUGCUGCGAGGUCUGUCUGCAGGAACGGGGACAGAGGAUCGUGAUGUUGCGGCGGACCGAGCCCUAGUUGUUGUUGAUCAGAUGAAAGCUCAGGGGAUUGCGCCGACAACUGUUACAUACAAUACUCUUAUUCGGAGUCUUGUCUUUCGUCAUCAGAUGAAGGAGGCUUUGGAACUGUAUCGCGGCAUGGAUUCCCCAAACCGAAUAACUUUUAGUCACCUUAUGCAAGGUGCCGCGAAUAUUCCAGACCUGGAGCUGGCAGAGGACAUAUUUGCUUCCUUAGUGCAAGCAGGAGAGCGGCCCAACUAUGGCUUCUGCAAGUCGUAUUUGGAAACUAUUGCGAAACUGAAAGGCACAGAUGCUGCAUUUACCGAAGCAACGCGUGUGUCUGAAGAAUUUGGAGAUGCCUUGGUUUUCGGUGAUGUCGGAAGUCACGAAGCUAUUCGCAUGGCCCUCAUCAGCGCAUGCGGAAAAGUUGGAGAUUUGUCGAAGGCGUUUGAGGCGCUGGAUUUACCACUCGCCUCGCAUCGUAAUACUGUCGGAAAUCUCGCCCCUUUGUAUGUCGCCACAGUGUUGAUGCAAGUCUGUCUCCAAUGCCAUGCCCCUGGACGAGCCCUCGAAGUCUUUGACUCGGUGAGGGGUGCCGGAUUAAAACCCAAUUUUGAGGUUUACGAAAGCCUAAUUCAUGGAUUAUGUUCAUAUGUGCGAUUCAGAGGCGUGACCGAGGCGUUUCAUGCGGACAUCGAAAACGAAAAUGACAAAAGUCUGGGUGACUGGACUCCAAACAGUCAUACCUUGGCACCUGCCGAGAAUUCAUCUUCGGAUAGAGGUCGACACGAAGCAGCACAGUCAUUUGAGCAGUCCGAGGAUGGCCGGCAGGAUCGUGUUCCAUCUGGGAACGUAGAAGCCAACGAAGCGGUGCGCAUUGCAGUGGAACUCCUCAGAGAGAUGCACGCAAAUGGAGAGGGGAGGGCCAUACGGCAAGCGGCAUACGUGUACAACACAAUGAUAGCGGCUGCAGCGGCUAUUAACGAUUUUGAACUUGCUUUGCAGAUCUUUAACAAGAUGAGUAACAGAAACAAUCAAGGAGUGGUUUAUUUCUCUAAGGACAUCCUAGGAGGCGUCGAUGAGGCCCAGCAAGAUGUUGGGAUGAGUAGCGAACCGCCAGGUGGAAACAGGCGACCAGAUGAGGAUGGCGGAGGUCGGGCACGACUAGCCGCGUUAGCAUCAACCGGAAUGUUUGACAGCGAAUACGAAUUCCCGAUGGCAACCGUUGGGACGUACAACUCGAUGAUUGACGCGGCGUGGAAAUGCGGGGAACCAUGGUACUCGUUCGAGGUGUUUCAACUGAUGCAGAUGGAUCGCAUCACAGAGCCGAAUGUAGCAACGCUAAGCUUGCUGGCGGAUAUUGCUUUAUCGGAAUCGCAUGCAGUGGAUGCGGAUGCACAGAGGAAGCUCCUCAAGGAGUUGGACGCCAUGGCAAUUUUGUCCGGGGAUGUGAGCCAGAAGCGAAUACGAUUGCGGAAAAAGCUGCUGGCACUUCGGUGGUCGUAGAUGAGGUUUGCCCUUAUGUAAAAGCUAGACCGUCCAAGCCAAAAACUUGUGCCGUGCACACGCAGGGGCCCGGCGAUGAUUGUUACCUGAUAAUCGCACUGCGAGCACCUCAAAGUGUUCUUUCCGCCACCUGCGUGGCGUAAACUUGUGUAAGUAGUGCGACCCGCACGAAACAGUCUUUAUCCGGAUAGCGGCAAUACGGCCCGCCACUAGCGAUCAAGGCGAAAACAACAGCAAGCAGGGGCACAUGAAGACAGGCAAGGCUCAGACCGGAUCUAUGUGAACGCUAACGACGGGGGACUCGAGAUGCGGCGGGCACUCAACGAGCGGGGGCUGCAGGUCUCUAGGAUCAUCCGUGUACGCCCACCUCGCGUACUCGCAGGCGCCGUCGAGGAGUUCCCUCUUCUCGCCAGCCGCAACGCGUGCAGCGCACACGUGCGGCAAAUCGUUGACGGGUUCCCGAUCGGUGUGCUCGGCAGGGAUCUGCGAUCGGAGCGGCGGCAGGGCGGGGCGCAGCUUGGCGGGCGUGCGCGGGGAGAGGUGCGGGAUGGUGCGCCAGAAACCGCGAGGGAGGGGGGGGAUGUGCGGGCCAAGGGCCGGGGAUGUCAAGUGGCGGUGGAGGGCGCACAGGGUGAACGAGAAGGCGAAGGAGAGGUAGAGAGUGAGUAGGGCGCGUGCGAGGGGCGAGAGAUGGGGUGGCUGGUUGCGAGGGUGGCCCGAGGGGGUCAGGGGCGGGGAAGGGGGAGGGGAUGGUGGGAGACGGCGGCGGCGGAGCAUUGGACGGGGAGGGUGUGGGGCAAGCGGGAGGGAUGCAGUGGUGGUCAAGGACGACGACUGUGGAAAACGUCCCCCACGCCCAGUACCCUACGAUUGGGUACCCUGGGUAAUACCGUAGUACGGUACAUCGGCACAGGAGGCAAUUGUACUAAUGUACGGAGGUAGGAAGGGGGGGAGAGGGGGGGUAAUUUUAUCAAUAGGAAAGGAUCGCGGCGGUUUCGUUUUAUCUUGUACAGUACACGUGUUUCUGGAU